AUGACUAUUGAACGCUACCCCCUCGAUGCAGAACACGGAGGUGUAGACCCCCUUUACUUUGGCAAGGUUUCUGAACAUGAUUCCUCGGUAGGAAUAACGAACAGAGGUAUAUCAUUGCAACUCCCUUUGAUGAAGGUCAAAGGGUCAAAAAUGAGUAUCUGGCCUGCCUUGGGUGUGGAAAUGGCGAGGCACAUUGCUGUGUACUUUUAUCAUGGCUUGAAGUUGGCAGUCAGUACGCAAGAGUUCGCUCCGAUAAGCUUCUCACUAUUCCAUGCCAGAUGAAACAUGCUGUCGAUGCACUGAGGGAAGUGUUCAUUCAACAAAAGCCCAUGUUCCCCGAGCAUUUUGACAGCCACCGAGUUAGCACUAUUGUUUUCCCAGGAACCAAUACCCAGACCCUUGAAAUUAUCUCAAGAACCCCCGGAGUUCGGUGCCACUCUGAAACGCGAACCCUUGAACUCGACAUGAUUUUGGAGACAGAUGCUGAACAAAAUCAUAAACGAAAGAUUCAACUGGCGUUCAAAUCGACUCACUAUGCCAAUCUGCAAAUAUGGGAUGAUAUGAUCCUAACCAUAGAGAUUUGUGAGGCAGGUUGUAACUUUCAACUAGAUUCAGACAAUCCGGUAGUUAUUGAAAAUAAUGGAAAGAGGCUCAUAAGAGGAGAGAGCAGAGUGGAGAUAAGUCCAGAAUCAAAGAUUUACCAAGGCAAAAUCGUAAAGUUGGUAAUAUUCAGAUAUUACCGUUAUAGGAUGGAUUAA